AUGAAGCGGGUCCACGAAUACAACGACGUGGCAGCCGAGGGUGACGAGUCUUCUCCCGGCGUACCUACGAAGCGGAAGCAGGGCACUCGCAAGCGCAAGUCUGCUGCCGAUGGAGAGGAACAAGUCGACAAGCGUCAGCGAACUGCGCCCGGAAAAAUCCCGAACGCAGCCAACAGCAUGCUCGCCAUCCAGAAGCAACGCCAACUGCACUUCCAGCGGCUCUACGCCGAGUUCAACACUCGCCUGUCAGCGCUACAACAGCGGCUCGAGGUCAUCCAAGGCCCAUUGGAUUUCCCCUCCGACAUCGCCGCGGACGUUGCGAUGUUGGACAAUCUCAAGCAGCAGGUUACUGAGAUGAGCUCGAAUCAGCCGCCGCUUAUACACCUUGUAAGCUCUCUCCCAACAUAG